AUGACACGUGGAAUAAGAGGCGUUAACUCCUUCCUUAAGGCAGCAGGAAAUAAGAAUUCUAACAACUGCUCCGGACGUUUAAUGGAGCAAGAAAGAAAGCAAAGUAGAGGUUUCGCCAGAGUUGCAACCUCUAAGGUUUUUGUUUUGUUCGUUAUUUCUCUAGUCUGCUUCUUUUUCAAGAACACCCUCAUCGUCCCAAAUGAAAAGGCAGUUAAUGUAUUGCAAAGGCACAAUGGUUUUUCAAGAAGCUUGGGUGAGUCUUCCUUGAGAGGCUCAACGAACGAUAAUUCCGCAGACGCUUUUGCCUCUGAAAAAAAGGAGAAGAAUUACUUCCAAAGAAAAGACGAAAAUUAUGAUAAAGUUGUAAGAGAAUUAAAUGAUAAAUUCAAGAACGAGUACCAACACAGCGAAUCCGAAAACGACGAAUGA